AUGGCCUUGCCGAAGGCUUGGGAUGAGAUCAUGGAGGGAGCCUCGGCGAUGGUCCAAAAAGUUGCCCAGCGCGAGAAGCAGGUGAAUGAAGCCUUAGCAAAAGGGGACCAACGCGGGCUGACAAAGCAGCAAGUGGUGGAGGCAUUGGUGACGUACCACUCAGAACACGGAUCGCAAGAUGAUCCAUGCACCUUGAGCGACUUCAAAUUUUCCCCAGAUACUUUGAGUGUCGAGGGCAUCCAGGCGAAAGGGAAGGCGGCGCUUGAGCGAAAGAAUCAUAGCACGGCCAGCGCAUUAGCAGAGAGUGGGCGCGUCAGCAGUGUUAAGGCUGCUUCGCUGGCACAGGAUCCAGGAGCUGAGGAGAAAGCUCUGUUGGAUGUUCGCCGAGAGCUUGAGCACGUCAAGAGUCGGACGAAGCAGCUUCUCGACCUUGACCCCGAUCAGGGCAAGUCUCGCAACGAAGUCCUUAAGUCUUCGCACGCAGCAGAUGUCGUAAAGAACAUGCGCGCUGAUCAGAAAUCAGUAGCUUUUCGGGAGAUCGCGCGCUCCCGGAUAGUUGAGCGACGAGCGAAAUGUUCAGAAGUUGCGGAUCAGAUUCUGCAUGCGAGCAAGCGGCCCAUGAAACUAGAGGACAUCUAUGCAGCUGCGGCAGUAGCUGAGACCAUGAAGACGCGUGAACAGGAAACGGCUGUCUGCAAGACUGAGCUUGACAACGUGUCUCAGAGCUUGAAAGAUCACCUUUCUACCAGAAAGCUACAGAUGGAAGCUUGUGAAAAGAUCCGGCAGAAGUCAGCAGAAGACAAGGCCAAGGCGGCUUCGGACUUGCGGAAGGUCCUGGACGAGCUGGCCAGAGUGGCACCGGCAUACACCGAUGCAGUAACGAAGCUACAGGCUCAAGAUGCCGCCCUGGACGUGCUGCAGGAUGAAAUCACCAGUGUGGAGUCCAAGCUGGAGGCUUGCACAGAUGCUGCGGCCCUUGCAGGGGCUGAUUGCCAAGGGUGUUGCGAAGCACUGGCAUCCGCCGAAGAAGCCCUCCGCAACGAUGUGAGCGUGGCGGCUACGGCGGUGCUCCAGCAUGGGCCAAAGCCUUGCACGAUUGCCUUCGAGAACAUCUUGUUGGUGCAGGCCUUGCUCAGCCGAGCUGAGGGCGAGGUGGCCACAGAACUCCAGGACCUACAGGACGCAAAGGGGCGUCUUCAGGGAGAGCUGGAUAGAACACGGCAGCUGUGGAACCAGGGCCAAACCACUCACCGUGUGUCGGAGCGUUCAGCCGGGCUACGCGAUGAUGUCGAGGCGGUGCAGUGCGACAUCGAAGAUGCCGCAGCCGCGCAUGAGCAGCUGAAGACCCGCAUCGGAAAGGCUGCAGCCCAGAAAGACUCAUUCCUGGAGCUGGCCCACUGUGGCUUCGUGGUUGACGAGGCCGCUUUCCAAUCGACAGAGGCGCAUGCGCUUGUCGACGACGCCUACGGCGACCUCAAGAUCAUGUCUAUGGCCCCUGCUGCAGCUGAACAGCUUUUGCUCCCACAGGAUGCAUCUGGAACUUCGGCGCUGGCUCUCCAGCAGCAGAUGCCGGAUAUCAAGACGCUGAUCCAAGAGGCCAUCAACUCGAAGUAUGAACAGAUGAAUGUGGAUUUCAAGCUAUGGCAGGAGGAUUGGCUGCGCAAGAACGGAGGCUCCGAUGCAGGCAGCUGGACCCCUGUGGAGGAGCCUUGA